AUGUCAAAAAUGGUUAAUCAAUUACAAACACCGCAAGAUUCACAAGAACUUCGGAAACAGCUGCGUCAGAUACAAAACUACACCCAAAAACUUGCCAAAGAUACUUCAAUCAUGCUGAUGGAUCUAAUGAAAAUGCCCGUGGAUAAACCAGAUCAGAAGCUAAACAAAGACAGGCUGAGUGAUGAAUAUAUGGCUACACUAAAUGCUUUUCAGGCAACCCAAAGAACUGCAGCCCAAAAGUCAAAAGAAGAUAUCAGAAAAGUUAAAGCGCAGAAUAUUAACAUUGGUGAUCCUUUUGCUGUUGGUGGAAACAAGGAAUUGUUGGAAUUAGGCGAACCACCAAAGAAACAGGAGCAAAUGACUAUGCAGUCAGAGCGAGAGCUUAUGGAGCUUGAACAGCGCGAGAGCGAUAUAAGACAAUUGGAGAGUAACAUAAUGGAUGUCAACCAAAUAUUCAAGGAUCUCGGAACUAUGAUACAUGAUCAAGGUACUGUGGUGGACUCUAUUGAAUCAAAUGUAGAGUGUACAUUGCAAAAUGUCGAAAAUGCCACACAGGAAUUGAGUACCGCUGCUACAUAUAAGAAUAAGCUGCGUAAGAAGAAAGUCUACCUGACGUUGAUACUCAUAAUAGUGAUAUCUAUUAUUUUUAUUAUUAUUUUCCAUAAUUAG